UGUAAUACUUUUGACUCAUGUUUUUGGUGUUGUCAGACCAGACAGACGGAGGAUAAAAACGUGGACACAGCUCUUUGCUUUUCUUCCCCAAUGUUUAAUUUAACCUCGUUGACAUUUUGACAGACAUUUUUGGUUCAAUACAAUUAAAAUAGUGUAAAAAAUACGGCUAAAAAUGACGGAACAGUCGUCGUUAUUGCUACGUAAACAAUUAGCAGAGCUGAACAAGAACCCAGUGGAAGGCUUUUCUGCGGGUCUUGUAGACGAUGAUGACAUCUAUCAGUGGGAGGUGGUCGUUAUUGGGCCACAGGACACAUUAUUUGAAGGAGGUUUCUUCAAAGCAGCUCUCACCUUCCCACGUGACUAUCCUCUGAGGCCACCUAAGAUGAAGUUCAUCACAGAGAUAUGGCAUCCAAACGUGGCAAAAAAUGGUGACGUCUGCAUCUCCAUCCUGCACGAACCUGGAGAGGACAAGUAUGGCUACGAGAAGCCUGAGGAGCGCUGGCUGCCAAUCCACACAGUGGAGACCAUCAUGAUCAGUGUCAUCUCCAUGCUUGCAGACCCAAACGGAGACUCUCCUGCAAAUGUGGAUGCAGCUAAAGAGUGGCGGGAAGAUCCUAAUGGGGUGUUUAAGAAGAAGGUUGCACGCUGUGUGAGAAGGAGUCAAGAGAUGGCAUUUGAUUAAGGAAUCGCUUCACAGUGGGAUACUGCACAGAGGAUUCAACAACUGGCAAGACUCAACCAUCUAGAUGAACAUGUUGCACAACGUAAACAUCAGCUUGCCACUCACAAGGAAAAAGACUCACAAAAUGUACAAUUCAUUUAUCUCUCCUUAUUUGGAUUUUGCAGUUUAAAAAUGAAUUUUGAACAUAAGUCACACCAUCUAGAACAGAGGCUUUCACUCUGUCAAAGGUUCUGGUUUACUUUUCACUUUCUACCAUCAGUAUGAGAAAACUACUUCCGAUCAAGCAUCAGCAUUUUCUCUCACAGGAAGAUAAAAAAUACUCUUAAUUACUUCUCUGUCAUGUGCAUAUUUGUCAGAUUUAAGGAGCAGUUAUCCCCACUGAUAAAUGCCCCUGUACCUAUUCUUAGUUUGUUCUGUUUACCUAUUUAUUUAGCGUGUGACUAAUUUAAAGAUGCUUAUUGUCUAAUGGAGUUCUCUCUUUUCUUUUCAACCUGCCUCACUGAGCCAACCAACCUUACAGUUACUUCAUUAGUUAUGCAAGUUUGGAGUGUUGCAGUUGCUUAAGAAAUAGGAAUAAACAGGCACCGGCUUUGCUUUCCCUGCACGCUCAGCAGAGGAAGUGUUCCUUUUUUUCCCUGAGCGGAAAACUGAUCACCCUGCACUGCCUUAACUUUGACCGCCAGCAAAGGAAACUUGUCUCCAGAGAGACUGCAACUGACUGCUUUUUCUACAUGCAGGAAGAAAAACUAUUGUGGACAAACCAAAGAAUAUAUCAAUAAAUGUGUUUUUGAUGAA